GGCACCUCGGGAACAUGGCGGAAGGAGAUAAUCGUAGCACCAACCUGCUGGCUGCAGAGACUGCAAGUCUGGAAGAGCAGCUGCAAGGAUGGGGAGAAGUGACGCUGAUGGCAGAUAAGGUCCUCCGAUGGGAAAGAGCCUGGUUUCCACCUGUCAUCAUGGGUGUGGUUUCUUGUUUUCUGACUAUCUACUAUCUAGAUCCAUCCAUUCUGUCAGGUGUUUCCUGUUUUGUUAUGUUUUUGUGCUUGGCUGACUACCUGGUUCUCAUUCUAGCGCCUAGACUUUUUGGCUCCAAUAAAUGGACCACUGAGCAACAGCAGAGAUUCCAUGAAAUUUGCAGCAAUCUAGUAAAAACUCAACGCAGAGCUGUGGGCUGGUGGAAACACCUCUUUACACUAAAGGAAGAAAAGCCUAAAAUGUACUUCAUGACCAUGAUCAUUUCUCUUGCUGCGGUUGCUUGGGUGGGACAGAAACUCCACAACCUCCUUCUCACCUACCUGAUAGUGAUCUUACUCUUGCUUCCUGGACUAAACCAACAUGGAAUCAUUUUGAAGUACAUUGAAACGGCCAAAAGAGAGAUAAACAAGCUUCUCAAACAAAAAGAAAAGAAAAAUGAAUAAUACAUCUGCUUUAUUCGGUGUGAUUAAUGGUGUAUACAUUGUCCUUGGGGACAGUGUCUGUUAUGCUGUCUGGAUACUAAAAUGUUACAGAUGUAGCCCUUUGCUGUCCCUCAUUCUGCCCUUAGUUAGUAGAAAUUCUGACUUGCCAAGUAAGGCUUUAUGCCCAGUGUCUUCAUGGGUAUGUUGACAUCAGCUGGCCUUAUAUGGACAACUCAUUCAUCAUUACCACUUGUCUUGGUUUUUCUCACCCAGGGUUAAUUGAACUCUUACUUUUAAAAUAAUAUAGUGGUGAACUUCAUCCUUUAGUACGGUUAACAGUGGCUUGGGAUAA